AUGAGAGGAUGGAAAGCGACGAGGAAGAGUGAAAGCGGUGGGGACGAGGCUAGCCAGGCAGCCGACGCACAAGAGCAGAGGCGAGACAGCAACGCAGCAGCUGACACCCGACGCGUGACUGGCGGAGGGGGGCGAAAAGGAGCCAGAAAGCGCUCAGCUGCCUCAGAUUUUUUCCCUCUGUCCCCAAUCGCGCUUCGAAAUUCUGCAGCUGCAAUUCGACGUGAUUUGCGAGAAAGAGAGAGAGAGAGAAAGCGACUCGAGCUUCGUCGGUCCAUCCCCAACCUGACAUUCUGGCGGCCAUCUCAAGCAAUCAUUUAG